GCGGCUCGGAAAGAGUUGCGACUCAGUCAAAUGUCAAAGUAAGAAAACACAAACAGCAUUUUUCCAGAUCCGGAUUUACACCUUCUUCUGAGAGGAAAGCAAAGGAAAAAGAAAAACGUUGGACGAUCUGGAUUAAAACCCAGCUGCAGCUUCCUGGUUUUAAAGGCACAGCAUCGGAGGGAAAUGAUUGAUUGGUAGUUUUGGACGAUAAAAGGGCAGAUUUUUUUUCUCGUGAAUAUGACGUUGAUGUACUUUUAAAAGCGACACCAGGCUGGGGAAUAGAAUGAGGAUGAGCGGCUCCAUGAGGAAGGUGCAGCAGGUGGUGCUGUGCGUCUUGCUGCCGUGCGCUCUCCAACUGUGCGGCGCGCAGACACAAGGAGUGGUUGUUUGCUCCGGCACCCAGAACGUUCUGAGCACGACCGGAAAUUCAGAGAUCCAGUACACCCUGAUGAAGAAGAUGUACACCGGCUGUGACAUCGUGAUUGGCAACCUGGAGAUCACCAUGAUGGACCACACCAGAGACUUCAGCUUCCUGCAGUCUAUUAAGGAGGUGACAGGCUACAUCUUGUUUGCCGUCAACGAGUUCAGCCGCCUCCCGCUUGACCACCUGCGCGUCAUCCGAGGCACCACACUCUACGAGGACCAGUACGCUUUGGCCGUGAUGGUCAACUACCAGAAGGAAGGGCAGUACGGCCUCCAGGAGCUGGGCCUGACACACCUUACAGAGAUACUGGAGGGAGGAGUGAAGAUCAUCCAGAACAAGUACCUGAGCUACGCCCCGCAGGUGAACUGGCAGGACAUAGUGAAGGAUGAAACAGCUGAUAUUAUGAUCGAAGGCAACGGGCCUAAAAUGCCUUGUGACAAAGCGUGUGGCGACGUGCCAUGUUGGGGUCCAGGAAAUGACACCUGCCAGAUCUUGACAAAGACUGUGUGCGCCCCUCAGUGUAACGGCCGAUGUUUUGGUAGAAACCCGAGCGACUGUUGCCACAGUGAAUGUGCUGGAGGCUGCACAGGACCCCUGGACAUAAACUGCUUUGCCUGCAGGAACUUCAACAACUCGGGCUCCUGCGUCCCUCAGUGUCCCCAGACUCUGAUCUACAACAAACACGCCUUCAAAAUGGAGCCCAACCCCAACGCCAAGUACCAGUACGGCUCUAUUUGUGUGGCCCAGUGUCCCACAAACUUUGUGGUGGACGGUAGCUCAUGUGUGAGCAGCUGCCCAUCUCAUAAAAUGGAGGUGGAGAAAAAUGGAGUUAAAAGAUGUGAGCCCUGUGGAGGCCUCUGUCCCAAAGCUUGCCAUGGCACAGGAAGUCCAACCAGACAAACAGUUGAUGCUAAUAACAUAGACAGUUUCAUAAACUGCACGAAGAUCCAGGGCAGUCUUCACUUCCUUGUAACCGGAAUAAAAGGUGAUGAUUACAACGGCAUACCACCCCUUGACCCAGAAAAACUGAAAAUCUUCAACACUGUGCGAGAAAUUACAGACUACCUCAGUAUCCAGUCGUGGCCUGAAAGCAUGUCGGACCUGUCAGUCUUCUCCAACCUCCAAACAAUUCAAGGCAGAACAUUUUUCAAGGGCUACUCUCUUCUAGUGAUGAGGAUCAAAUCUCUGACCUCUCUUGGACUGCGUUCGCUGCGAAAAAUAAAUGAUGGCGGCGUCUACGUCACGGGAAACAAGAAGCUCUGCUACUAUGACACUGUCAACUGGACACGAAUCCUAAGCAGCAGCUCCCGUCCGCAGAGACGCCAGAAGCACAUCGACGUCAAGGAGAACCGACCUUUAACUGAGUGCGUGAAUGAAGGCCACGUGUGCGACCCCUUGUGCUCCUCUGAUGGCUGCUGGGGUCCUGGACCAAACCAGUGUGUCUCCUGUAGGAAAUACAGCAGGGGAGGAACAUGUGUGCCAGACUGCAUGUUCUUAACCGGGGAGAAAAGGGAGUUUGCUACUCGAUCAGGGGAGUGUAUGCCCUGUGAUCCUGAGUGUAAAGUCCAGGAAGGGAAGCAGACCUGCACAGGCCCGGGAGCGGAGCAGUGUGUAGCAUGUGCCAGCCUGCAGGACGGUCCACACUGUGUGUCCUCGUGUCCUGACGGUGUGAUGGGAGGGGAGGGAGUCAUCUUCAAAUACCCCAACAAGCAGGGCCGCUGUGAAUCGUGCCAUGUCAACUGCACGAAAGGGUGCUCCGGUCCAGGAAUCAGGGACUGUAUGGACUCUGCACGAUACAUUUCUGGACAAGCGACCACAGCCAUCGUUCUGGGAGUGAUCGCCCUCAUCUUCGCAUCAUUCUCUAUUUUCGUGCUGACUGUUCUGUACCGCCGAGGUCUCGCCAUCCGUCGCAAGCGAGCCAUGAGGAGAUACAUGGAGAGUGGAGCGGGUUUUGAGCCUCUGGAAGAGAAAGGGGCGAAAGUUCAUGCUCGGAUCCUGAAACCCUCAGAGCUGCGUAACAUCAAGCUGCUGGGCAAUGGAGUGUUUGGAUCCGUAUAUAAGGGCUACUGGAUUCCUGAAGGAGAUACAGUGAAACUUCCUGUGGCCAUAAGGACUAUUCAUGAUCGCAGUGGUCGACAGACCUUCUGUGAGCUGACAGAUCACAUGAUGUCAAUGGGAAGUCUGAACCACAUUAACGUCGUCAGGACCCAGGGUAUCUGUCCUGGUGACACCCUGCAGCUCGUCACUCAGCUCUACAAUCAGGGCUCCUUGCUGGAGCACGUCAGGAAGUACAAGAACAAGCUCGGCCCGCAGAGGCUGCUCAACUGGUGUGUUCAGAUCGCAAAGGGUAUGAAUUACCUGGAGGAGAACAGGAUUGUCCACAGGAACCUGGCUGCCAGAAAUGUGUUCCUGAAUAAUAAUUUCACCGCCCAGAUUUCAGACUACGGUAUUGCAGACCUGCUCUACCCUGAUGACAAGAAGUACUUCUACAAUGAGGUCAAGAAUCCAAUCAAGUGGAUGGCCUUGGAGAGCAUCUUGUUUCGCAGAUACACAUAUCAGAGCGAUGUCUGGAGUUAUGGUGUGACCAUAUGGGAGAUGAUGUCUUAUGGGGCCGAGCCGUAUGCAACAAUGCGUUCACCGGAGAUUCCUGACCUGCUGGAAAAGGGCGAGCGUCUGUCCCAGCCACAGAUUUGCACCAUUGACGUCUACAUGGUCAUGGUUAAAUGCUGGAUGAUCGAUGAGAAUGUCCGUCCAACAUUCAAGGAGCUAGCCAGUGAAUUUACCAGAAUGGCCAGAGAUCCACUUCGCUACCUUGUGAUCAAACAGGACUGUGGCCAACAGGACGCAGGUCCAGAUGAACCUGUCCAGCGGAGUGCAGACCUGGAUGACCUGGAUGAUCUGGACAUUGAGCUGGAGGACCCGGGGGCAGAAGGGGUGGUGGAUGGCGUGACUCCAGCCCCCCAGUACCUGUCCAGGAGUCUCAGUCGCCUCUCCAGGAUGGACACUCACAGAGUGGCUCUGAAUUCGACAAACAUGGCUGGAUACCUGCCAAUGACUCCAGGUGUGGACAACCAAGGACAGGCCUCGUGGCAGUCACGUUCUCGACUAAACUCUGCCCGCACUCUGUCUGAGAGCUCAGAGGGCUGUGGUACAGCAGUGGAGCUGGACAUGAGUGAGGACUUCUCUCUGGCUGGGAGCCUGAAGAGGAGACGUCAGCGCGAGGACAGCGCCUACGUGUCUCAGAGGGACAGCAUGUCCGGCGGUCAAUCGGACACUCCCUCACCAGAGAUGGAGGAAGAGGAUCAGAAUGGAUAUGUGCUUCCUGGAGGCACUCCAGAGAGAGAGACUCUGCUUUACUCAUCUCGAGCCACUUCUGGCAGGAUGGGCAAGUCCCACUCAUCAGGCCUCUUGGAUGACCCAGACGAUGAAGAAUACGAGUACAUGAACAAGCAGGUUUGUGUAACACCUGUCUCACUCAGGCACAGCAACCACUGGGCGAAGCCAAAGAAGAAACGAACCUCCUCUGUAUCGUCGCAAGCAACCGCGUGCUCAUGUGACACCAUGCUGUCCGUGGAGGUGAGGGGAGCGCACACAAGGAGCAAAGACAACUCUGACUCAGAGCAGCAGAGAUCCAAUGAAGUUCAAUAUGAAUACAUGGACAUCAGAGGCAAUGAAAAAGAAGGCCCUCCAGCCCACGAGCCCUCUCCACCUCCUCCGGCAUCAGGGAGGAUGAGAGGGGAAGAGGACGAAGAGGACGAGGAGUAUGUAGAGGACAGUAACUAUCACUACACAAACAGACAGCCGAAGCUGCGACAAGCUCUACGAGAUGGCAAGGAACCGAAGAUGCAGGAGAGAGACGAGGACGAGGCGUAUGAAUAUGAGGACAUGGACUACUUUGCUGCCCCGCCACCUGCAGAUGCUGCAGUGUACCAGAACCUGCAGCGGCAGCCGGAGGGAGCAGCGGGGGGCAGCGAGGCACAUCAGUCCGGGUUUGACCCCCAUGUGAAAGUGCGAGCUGGAGUCGGCGUGGGAGAACCCGCUACCAGUGACAGAUCUUUUGACAACCCAGGCUACUGGCACAGCAGGAUGUUCCUGAAGCCCGAAGCAGUGCCUACAUGAAGAACAUUUAUUUUCUCACGAGCUUCCCUCUGAGACAAAGUCAUGAAGGACCUGAAAUAAGAAAUGCAAUCAAAAGUCACGAUCAUAAUGCAGCCUGUGACAUAAUUUUAAAAACCCAACAUGUGUGACUUGUUUGCACCUUUGUCGUUUCUCGCAGGCUGACAUUAUGUACGCUUUUUAGGCCUGUGGGGGCAUUUCCAUUAUCAAUAGCACUGAGUGUUGAAAACACUACGAGAACAGAUUACAAGCUAUAUUCUUCUGUUUACAUUUUGAUGAACAAAACUGUUUUUUUGAGAACAAUUGCCUUUCUUGAACAUUUAUAACUGUAUGUUUUGAAACCUCUUUUCCUGAUGCCAUAUGAUACAUUUUCUACUUAAUAAAAAUAUUUUGAUUACCAA